GUUGCACUGAAAAGGAACUUUUUAGAGAAAUAAUGCUCCAUUCAGCACUGGCUUUGUCUCUCCUGCUAAUUGCAGUCUCAUCCAACCUUGCUAUGGCAAUCAAAAAGGAAAGAAGAGCACCUCAGACAUUAUCGAGAGGCUGGGGAGAUGAAAUAACAUGGGUACAAACUUAUGAAGAAGGGCUUUAUCAAGCAAAAAAAAGUAACAAGCCACUGAUGGUCAUUCAUCAUUUGGAAGACUGUCAAUACUGCCAAGCAUUGAAGAAAGCUUUUGCUGAAAAUGAAGAGAUACAAGAAAUGGCCCAAGAUAGCUUCAUUAUGCUGAAUCUCAUGCAUGAAACCACAGAUAAAAACCUGUCACCUGAUGGACAAUACGUGCCUCGAAUCAUGUUCAUAGACCCAUCUCUCACGGUGAGAGCUGAUAUCACAGGAAGAUACUCUAAUCGGCUGUACACUUAUGAACCACAAGACAUACCGUUCCUAAUAGAGAACAUGAAGAAAGCACUACGCCUCAUUCAGACAGAAUUGUAAGCAACAGUGAAAUGUUCAUAGCCUCCAGAUGGUGAAGCUGCACCAAGAAUUCCAACAUUGUAAAGCAUUUUGUUUAGCUUCUUUCUCUGCUAUCUCUUUGAACUCUUACCAAACAGGUAAACCAGAUUUCAUGAGAAAGUUUUACGUAUGAUUUGAAGAGGAAAUACAGGAGGCUACCAUUACCAUUUGGGAAACAGAGAAGAAAUCUAUCAAACACUUUGAAGUGGAGUUAGCUACCUGCAAAAUUGAAAGUGAUGGUUUAAGCUGCAAGCAACUUUGAGCUGUAUAUUAUCAAUUGAACUGUAGCUUUAUUGUCAGUACAACUUCCAAUCAAGAGCUAUAGCCAAUACUUCAUGUCUAUUUACAAUACAAUGAUGUAAGUUAUUAGCUACAUCUCACCUCCAAUUUUUUAUUUCAUGUAGCUUGUAAAUCUUUAGUAUGACUCAGUUUUACAUGCUUAUUUCUCAUUAGAGGAAUUUUGCUGGCAAAUCAGACAGGAAGUCUCUUGCUGUAGAUUUUGGAAUACCUAAUAGAGGAAAAAAAUUCAGAUCUAGGGUUUGCUUUCUUCUGCAUCAUUCUUUAGUUAUUAUUCUGAUAGCUGAAAACAGAACAUAUUUCAUGCUGAACACAGGGUUUCUGUGAGGAGAUAGUCAUCAAAUAGCAACUACAGGUUUUGCCAUGAUAAAAAUGCAGUAACGCAAGAGAGAUGGAAGGAGAUAAUUCCAGAACUCCACACCUGAGGCUAGUCAUGCUUGUAAAGUCUGGUGUGGGAAAAAUCAGUAGGCUUUUCCUAGCUCUUUUCCUUUAAAUGGAAGAUUUAUUCUUCUGUUAUUCUUCUGUAACUCCCAAUAAAAAAUCAUAGUGGAAGCAUAGUGAGGGAAUCUGCAUAUACAAACUCUUUUUCACAAAGUCUCCCAAGAUCACCAUAUGGAAGGGAAGACAUCUAUUUUAAGUAAAAAGCUUGAGUCAGUUGAAAUAUUUUCCUAUACCAAUGAUAUGCUUCUUCACUAGAGCAAAGUAGUAAGUCAUCCAUCUGGAGAAAGAGCAGCAAUGUGAUGUUCUGUGCAAGGCACAAGUAUCACUAUCUCUGUUACCUGCCAUUUCCUCUGACACCGCAAGAGGAACGCAAAUAUGAAAUAUGAAGGAUAAUCCCCUGCAGGACAACUAUAUUAACUUACAAUACUGAGUAUUAAUAUGUCAUAAAAGAAAUUAAUUGUGCCUGUUUUCAUAGCUAUGUGAAAUUUGGAUGUAUACUCCAACAGAGGGGUGAAAAAUGACCUGUGGAACAAAUAAUAAAAGAAAAAAUAUAUAUUUGUCUCAGCAGUAUAUUUUCUUGAUAAUCACAGGAAAAUGCUGGAAACAAAAUUAAACUAGUAAUUACAUCCCCUCUGUGUUUAUCUCUACUCAAUUAUGUUCAUAUCUAUUCCAGAUUUGAUAACACUUCCCAGACUUGUGGGCACGCCCUGUCUUGAGCAUGUCAGAGAUGUUCAGGGGAAAAGGAUGUGAGCUAGCAGCCAGAGAUGACACAGGAUAGCUGUGGCAGCAUUUGCAAAAUAGGGUCAAGAGAAGAUUUACUUUGGAGAGAAGGACAGGACAGAACAACUUCUGAAACACUGAAGUAUGGUAGAUUCAGAUUAUAACCAAAAAGUAGGUAGAAAGUUCUUAUUCUUUUGCAGAUUUUUCCUCUCUUCGCUUUCAAGAUUAUUGGAUGGGGUCAUGAAAAACACUGACUUGAAACAACCCUAUUCUAACUUGGUAGGAAAUAAAA